AUAUUUUUGACUUCUGUCAUUUUCUGGGAAAUUUUCGACAAUUUACAAGGAAGAAUAUUUUUUCUAUAUAGUUAUAUUAUUAAUUUAAAUGGCAUCACCUCGACAGCACUCGUUCAGACAUAGUGGGGGUCCAUCUCCUCAGGAUUUUGAUCAUUUCUUCCCUUGGGCGUGUUCUCAACUUGGGGUCGAUGCCACCAUCAUCGUCUUCAAGGGUCACCAGUCUCAAUAUCAUAGCGUGUCAGGCAGAGAAUCAAAGUCUAAACCAAAAAGCAAACCUAAGCCACAUCCAGAUUCAGCCACAGAUUUAGACGAUACGUCAGACGAGCUGUCUCCUAUACUGGAGAAAGCAAUGAUCUUAUCCAUCAGACCGGUCUAUGUUCAAACAAUAUAUGAUGAAUAUAUGGAGCUAGUACAAAUAAAGUUUCUUAAAAAUUAUUAUAUACCGAGAGCGGUCAUGACCGUCCUUGCUCUUAUGCUGCCACACCAUAAAACACUGUCUUCAAUUGUAUUCAAUAGUGGAGUAAAUGCGGAAGUAAUGUAUGAAAUAUCACAGUUCUUACCAACAUCUCACAUCACGGAAUUGUGUCUUGAUUACACUUUCGUGCCUGAAGGGAACUACUACUUACUCUUAAAUAAUGAGGUCUUGAAACAUCUUUCUGUGGCGAAAUGUAAAAUUAAUGAUGAUAUAGUGAAAUACAUUGCUGAAAAGUUAACUACUCCCUGUCCAGCUUCAAAAUCACUGUCAGCAUUGAACUUGUCGACAAACAAAAUUACGGAUAUUGGAGUAAAAUAUUUGGCAGAAAUGCUUCGAUCUAACAGACGUCUCUGCUACUUAAACUUAGCAGAUAACAUGAUUACCGAUGAAGGAGCAAACAGCAUUUUUGACACAUUACUAGAGUUCACUUUAACUGACAAAGAAACUUUCGAAAGAAAUAAGAGACUUAUGACUUACUUAAGAGAUAAAGCCGACUUAAUUCAGAAAACUCUAAAAGAACUACAAUCUGGGGAUUUCGACAGAAAGAGUGCUCAAAGAAAAAAGGUAGUCAAGCAGACAUUGCCGACAAAAAAGAAAACGCUUGAUAAAGAUCCGUCUGGAACAGCUGCCAAAAGCUUUCCUAACGUGGAGACGCAUUUUUUUGAGAGAGCUGAGCUCGCGGCUGAGACUAUGCUCGGACCCUUCAAAGAUCCCUUCUGUUUAGAAAGCACUGUAAGAAGAGAUGAUAAACUAUACUGCCUUGGCAACAAUACUUUAGCUUAUUUGAACUUAGCUUACAACAAUAUCACCUACAGCAGCCUCAAGAAGUUGUGUGAAGUUGUGACAACACAGAGCGUUUUAGGAAGAAAACCUAAAGGUUUAGUCAAUUUGAGACUGGAAGGUAACUAUUUGCCUAAAUCAUGUCCCGAAUUAUCUCAAAUUGACAAAAUACUGAAGGCUGAGAUGCCCAUUCUGAAGAGAAAUUCAGAAAUUUCCAAAAGGAGAACCAGUACCAGAAGAUAAAUAUAUCAGAAUAUUUUAUUCGUAUUUUAAGGUAUAGAAAUGUGUUGAUAUUGUAAGUUUUUAGAUUUAUGAUGAAUUUAAGAUUUUCUUAUUACGUCUUCAUUUAUAACUAUGUUAAUUGUGUUAUUUCUAUAUAUUUUGAAUUUCGAGUCUCUAAUUAAUAUAUAACUUGUUUUAACGACUAUUUUUAGAUUCUCCUAAUUUACAUUAAUUUGUUUUACGCUUAAUUUUAGUUUGAUAUGUAAUUUUAGAUACUAUUGUAGUGAUAAUUUCGAUAGUUUCAAUAAAGUUUGUUAUUCGC